AUGGAUCGUAAUAUCAACAAGCUUCGAGUUCUGCUGAUCGGUUCAGGAGGAAGAGAACACGCUCUUGCUUGGAAACUGUCGCAAGCGCCAUCGGUUGAGCACGUCUUUGUGUUCCCCGGAAAUGGGGGCACGGUGCAAAUUGAAAAUAUUUCCAACGUUGCCAGCGAAGAAGAAAUUGCCGAGGGAGACUAUUCAGCUCUGGUUGCCCUGGCACAGAAACUCGACAUUGGGCUCGUUGUUGUCGGCCCCGACAGUGCCGUCGUUGAUGGUAUUGAAGGAUAUUUUCGUGAGAGCAGAAUCCCAUGCUUCGCUCCCUCCAAAGAAUCGGCAGAGCUUGAAGGCUCAAAGACAUAUGCCAAAGAUUUCAUGCGCAAGUAUGACAUACCAACCGCUGCCUACCGGAAUUUUGAUCUAAGUGUCGCCGCGAACCUCGAGUCAGCCAAAGAGUAUAUACGAUCCGCCAACCAUAAUGUCGUCAUCAAGGCCAGCGGGUUGGCUGCAGGCAAGGGUGUGGUGCUUCCGCGAUCAAAGGACGAGGCGUGCGAGGAGCUAGAUGCAUUUGCGGACGGCAGAUUCGGCGAUUCUGGACUGUCUAUCGUUGUCGAAGAGUAUCUCGAGGGCGACGAAAUCAGUGUCUUGACCUUCAGUGACGGCGAAACUUUUAAAUCACUGCCACCGGGUCAGGACCACAAGAGAAUCCUGAAUGGUAAUCUGGGCCUUAACACGGGCGGAAUGGGUGUCUACGCCCCAACACCGUUUGUCACUGCCGAGGUGAUGUCCGAAAUCGAAGAAACGGUUCUGAAGCCUACAUUCGAUGGCUUACGGGCUGAGGGCCGUACGUUUCGAGGCCUAUUAUUUACCGGCAUCAUGAUCACCCCAUACGGUCCAAAGGUUUUGGAAUACAAUGUCCGAUUCGGCGAUCCAGAAACCCAGAGCAUGAUGCUUCUUCUUUCGCAAGACACGGAUCUGGCUGCGGUCUUGUUGGCAUGCACUCAGAAAACUCUUGCAAAGACCGAGCUACACGUUCGUCCCGGCUACGCUUGCAAUGUCGUGAUAUCUUCGACGGGAUAUCCCGGACCGUACAAAACGGGGCAAGCUAUCCAGCUUGGGCCAGUGCUUUUGCAGGACAUUCACAUCUUCCACGCUGGCACAAAGAUGGUGGGAAAUACCCUGCAGACCGCUGGGGGCAGAGUCUUUUCCGUUGCGGCAUACGGGGACUCGCUGGAGAUGGCCGUCGAACUUGCGUACCAGGGGGUGAAGUCUGUAAGUUUUGAUGGAAUGUAUUUCCGAACGGACAUUGCCAGCCGGUAA